CAUCAAUGUGACUUUACUUUACUUGGGUAUUAUUAUUGCUUAAAAUAUAAAUAAUGCAGAAAAGGAUCACAAGAUAAAAAGAGAAAGUGCGGCUACUGCUGACAAUAAUGCUUGACUCUACCAUUCACAGAUCUUGCAGCUCAAACAAGUUUCUUCCUUUAUACCCUCUUUCUUUUCUCCCCUCAGAUUUUUUUGGAACAAAUCCCCGGGGGAGAUGAAUCUGGAAGAAGGAAUUGCCAGAAGCUGCAGAAUUAAACAAUGAGAGCUUAUGCCCGAACCAUCUUCUCUGAGUACUUGAUUCUGUCCGUUCUUGUCGCGUUUUUCACCGCCGGCGCGGAGACCCGCCGAAAUCAAGAUUUCAUUGCCCGGAAAAUUCUGCAUCAGCCUCUGUUUCUCGUCGGCCCAGAUUCACCGGUUGAUUCCGAUUUCUUCCAGCCACCGCCGGUCUUGCCUCCCGCUGACCCCAUAAUCCCUAGCCCAGACCAGCCUUUCUUCCCGGAAGUUCCCAGCGUCCCGGCGUCGGAUCAGCAGACACCGCCGCCGCCGGCCCAGCAAAAUGAGUCGCCGGUGGCAAACCCAAUCGCGCCGCAGCCUUCAAAGCCAGUCAAGAAGGUGGCGAUUGCGUUGUCGGUUGGGGUUGUCACCUUGGGGAUGCUGUCGGGAAUCGUGGUCCUCUUCUGCAAGCACCGGCGUAAACACCUCGCCGUGUCUCAAAAGCUUGUCGGCGGCAGUGUUCCUUCCCGGAGGGUCAAUGAGGAACCAGCGGUGCCGCCUUCCACUUUUCUGUACAUCGGAACAGUUGAGCCAUCACGUCGGUCGUCGGUGGCGAGUGAGUCCAACGGGUCACCUUACCGGAAAUUAAGAUCCGAACGGUAUAGGCCGAGUCCGGACCUUCAGCCGCUGCCGCCGCUGAGCAAACCGCAGCCGCCUCCCGACAUAACUUCUCCUCCGGCAAUGUCAUCAUCCGACGAAGAAAGUCGAGGCACCGCUUUUUACACGCCGCAAGGCUCCGUCGUUGGCAACGACGACGGGUAUUACACGCCGGUUUCGCGGCGGAACCCGGCAAGAGUUAAUAGUUAUGUCCCCUACUCGAAGAGAACAUCAUCCAAAUCACGCCUCUCUGCUUCUUCAUCCGAGGCAAAACCUGCAAUACCGCCGCCGGUUAGGCAUUCUGCGGCUCCGCCACAGCCACUUCCGCCGGAGCCUCAUCUCCGUUAUGACAGACCGCCGGUGGCGAAGCCGUACAUUCCCAAAAGAGUUAAGUUCUCACAGCCACCUCCUCCGCCGGACAUGUCUCGGCUUCAAUUGAUAAGUGGACAACCUGAGCAAAAACCCAAACCAGAAGUCCCACCCCCGCCUCCUCCGCCGCCACCGCCUCCGCCUCCGCCUCCGCCACCGCCUCCUCCUCCUCCGCCGCCGGUGACAAGAAUACCCGGAAUUCCACAGAAGAAGAAUUCCCCGUCGAUUGAAAUAGGAAAAAAAGAACCAAGGAGUUCAAGCCCAAAAACACCACAAGAGAGUGAGAAGAAGAAGAGCCCUUCAAUAGAACCCGGUUCAGAGGAGAGGUCUGAUUCAGAUGAGAUAGAUGGAUCAAAACCAAAGCUGAAACCUCUGCACUGGGACAAAGUGCGUACGACGUCGGAUCGUGCCACCGUCUGGGACCACCUCAAGUCCAGCUCCUUCCAAUUGAAUGAGGACAUGAUGGAGUCACUCUUUGGGACUAGUUCUGGAAAAUCAGCAGUAGACGAAACUGCUAAGAAACUCAAACCCGCAAUCCGUCAUCCCGCCGAGCCGGACGACAAAGUUCUUGACCCGAAGAAGUCACAGAACAUAGCAAUUCUUUUGAGAGCAUUGAAUGUAACAAAGGAAGAGGUUACCGAAGCACUCCUAGAUGGGAACCCGGAAGGAUUGGGUCCUGAGCUUUUGGAGACUUUGGUGAAGAUGGCUCCAACGAGGGAUGAAGAGAAAAAAUUAAGAGAUCGCAAGGGUGACAUCUCAAAAUUGGGACCCGCGGAACGAUUCCUCAUGGCUGUUCUUGAUGUGCCAUUUGCCUUCAAAAGAGUGGAAGCAAUGUUAUACAGAGCAAAUUUCGAUUCAGAAGUAACCUACUUGAGGAAGUCAUUCCAAACUCUUGAGGAAGCAAGCGAGGAGUUGAAGAACAGCCGGCUAU